GUAAUCCAAGCCCGGGCAUGAAGUUUAGGAAACCAUGACCUCUGCCUUGGCUUCCUCAUCCUGUCCAGUCCAGGAGCUUUAUGCAGUCAGAGCUUUGUGGCAUGGCAGCUUUGAGAUGGCAGAUCUACAGUGACGGUGCUACCAACACUGCAAGUUAGAUCACCUCUAUCUCAUGUUGGGGUGUUGCCCUUAUAUGAAUGAUCCUAAAUGGCUCCCCUACAUCCAUGAUCCAGAAGGGAAGAGAAAUGCUGAAACAAACAGAAUCCUCCAGAAAUCCAUUACACUAAAAACACCGAAGUUUGAGAACUAAAAUUUGCUGUGGAACUCCGCUGCUAUAGAAUAAACACAUUCAACUCAACAGGGAACACAAAGAGCCUACCUGCUAUUAGUCUUUGUAAAUGACCAGCCAAAAAGAAGUAGGACGGUUUUCCUAACAGGUUUAGAAAAGGAAAAAUCUUAACUCAACUGAAUCCUCCUACGAAUACCAAAGGCCUCUAGCUGGGAAAGCAAAGAUACCUGAAGCGAAGACCUGCACAAGAGAGGGGGGUGGGGAACAGAGAAAGUCACUUCUCAGCACCGAAGAGGAAAGUGCUGACCCAGCGCGGGGCACUGGGACUCAGAGCCCAACUCCAGAGCAGAUGGCCGCUGCACAUUCACAUUAAUCACGCAGCUUCCUGCAUGUCAGCCAGGAUCAUCCAUAAAUGUCCCAAGAUGCAGCAGAGGGCAGAGAAGUGUGGUGGCUCUGGCAAAAGACUGAGGCUCUGAGACCACAUCUGGAUUUCUGUUUAGACACUUAAGAAGUCGUGACAUCCAGAGCAGCAACCUAGCCCCUGCACUCCUGGUGAGCCUUCAGGAGACUCAGGUCCUGUCUUUUCCCUCUGAGAUGGCUGGUACUCAAGCACACCACAGCCGUUCUGGAGCUUGGGACUCUAAAAUGGCAGAGCAGCUUUCUCCGGGAAAGACGACAGACCAGGUGUGUACCUUCCUCUUCAAAAAGCCUGGUAGACAAAAAGGGGCUGCAGGCUGCAGAAAGCGCCCCAUCUGCAACCAGGAGUCUGGAGACGGCAGCAGCAGCAGCAGCAGUGACGAAGGCAGCACAGUGGUUCGCCCGGAAAACAAGCGGGUGAUCCACAAUCCGAUGAUACAGAAGACCCAUGGUGGUGGUAAACAGAGGGUGGCUGCUCUGUUGAGCAGCAAGGAGGAGGAGACCGAGCCUCAGAGCCUUGGCAUGGUGUACAAGUCCACCCGCUCAGCAAAGCCUGUGGGACCAGAGGAUAUGGGGGCGACUGCAGUCUACGAGCUAGACACAGAGAAGGAGCGUGACGCACAAGCCAUCUUUGAGCGCAGCCAGAAGAUCCAGGAAGAGCUAAGGGGCAAGGAAGAUGACAAGAUCUAUCGGGGGAUCAAUAAUUAUAAGAAAUACAUGAAGCCCAAGGAUACGUCUAUGGGCAAUGCUUCCUCCGGGAUGGUGAGGAAGGGCCCCAUCCGAGCUCCCGAGCAUCUUCGUGCCACUGUGCGCUGGGAUUACCAGCCCGACAUUUGUAAGGACUACAAGGAGACCGGCUUUUGUGGCUUUGGAGACAGCUGCAAGUUCCUCCAUGACCGUUCAGAUUACAAGCAUGGGUGGCAGAUCGAACGUGAGCUUGAUGAGGGUCGCUAUGGUGUCUAUGAGGAUGAAAACUAUGAAGUGGCAAGCGAUGAGGAGGAGAUACCAUUCAAGUGUUUCAUUUGUCGCCAGACCUUCCAGAAUCCAGUUGUCACCAAGUGCAGGCAUUAUUUCUGCGAGAGCUGUGCACUGCAGCAUUUCCGCACCACCCCUCGCUGCUAUGUCUGUGACCAGCAGACCAACGGUGUCUUCAAUCCAGCGAAAGAAUUAAUGGCUAAGUUGGAGAAGCAUCGACCUGCAGAAGAGGGUGGUGCUUCCAACUUCCCAGAAGAUCUAGAUGAGAGUCGAAUCCCCAUUACUUAGUUUUCCCAUUAUUCUCAUACCUCAAAAUAAAUAUUUUGUGCUAAGCAACUGAUUUGAAAAUGAGUACAGUAAGAGGGUAGGAAAAAAAAGAGGCCGAGGGACAUGCUAACCAUACUCUUGAAUCAGAACCUUUGCAGUUGCUGUUCCCUGUGUUUCUGGGACACUUCACCCUCAGAAUUCUCUAUGACUCACUCCCUCACAUUCUCCUGGUAUCCAUGCAAAUGUCAUCCAUUUAAGUGAGGACCUCACUGACUGCCUUAUUUAAAAUAGCAACACCAAUCCUGUCCCUAUCACUGUCUAUCCUCCUUCCUCUGUUUUUUCUCCAUAGAAUUUAUCACUGUCUGGUAUAUAUUUACUUGUUAUUUGCUUGUUUCUCUCUCUUCUCACUAGAACAUAAGCCCUGUAAAGAAUUUUGUUCCCGUUUCACUGCUGUGAUCACAAAAUAUCUCCCACCCCAACCCUGCAAAUACUUGACACACAGUAGGUUCUCAAUAUAUUUUUUAAAUGAACGAAUGAAAGAACAAACCAGAAAAAAGAGAUAAAAGGGAACAGCUAAUGAAGUAGGAGGAAAACCUGGAGGUAUCUCAGAAGCUAAAACAAAAAAAAGGUUUGGAAAUGGAAUAUGGUCUAAUAUGUUAAAUGCUGCAAAAGGGUCCAGGAAGAUGAUAAAGCAACAAAUGCAUUACAUUUGGCAUUAUGAGAGUAACUGAUGUUGACAAGAGGAGCAGUUUCGGUAUAGUGGUUAGGACAGGAGUCAGAAUUAUUAAGGGUGAGGCGAUACUAGGAGAUAAGGAAGUGGAAAUAGAGGCAGUAGGUAACGAAUUUGAGAAAAGCUGCUGUGAAGAAAAGUACGGGUAUAAGGCAGUUCAUAAAGAGGAAUAUGAGAUGAAGGAAGGGUGUAUUAUUUGCUCUGGAUUCUUAGUGGGGUAUUGAUUAUCUCCUGCCACAAUAUUGCUGGUUAACAAACAACCAUAAAACCUUAGUGGCAUUUGAUAAUACGCAAUUUUUAUUUCCCUGGCGUGGUUAGCUAGGUGGCUUUGCUUUACGUCUGGAAUUUGGCUGAUGUAGGCUGGCUUCAGCUGGGAUUACUUAAGUAUGUUCCACGUGUCUCUCAUCCUCCACCAGCCUAGUCUAGGCAUGUUCUCCUCGUGACACUGAGCCACAAUACCUAAGCGGAAAUGGGCAAGUUCUCUUGCCAGUUCAGAACCAGGACACUGUCACUUUGUCUUCAUUCUCCUGACUAAAGCAAGCAAGAGGCCAGCUAGAUCCAAAGGAGAAGUAGUCCAGUUACUAUUGCUAUGAUGCAAACUGCCCUAAAACUUAGCAACGAAAAAUAACCAUGUUUUUAUCCUUAACAAUGUCUUUGGGUCAGGAACUCAGACAGGGCACAGUAGGGUUGGCUUUCCUCUGCCCCAUGAUGUCUGAAACCUCAGUUGGUGAGAUUCAAAGACUAGGGACUGGAAUCAUCUGGAGGCAUCUUUACUUGUGUUUGAUAGUGAUACUGGUUGUCAACUAGGACUACAGCUGGAGCUCUUGGCUGGAACACUAGCAUGUGUCUUCUCCAUGUGGGUUAGACUUUCUCACACCAUAACAGAAUAAUUGCUUCUUUCAUGGCAGCUCGGAACCCUGAAGGCUGAUAACCCAGUGUGUAAAGCACGAAGCAGGUCUUCUUUUAUUACCUGGUCUCAGAAGUCAAGCAGUGUCCCUUCUGAUGCAUUCUGCUGGCCACAAACCAAUUUUCAAGCCUUCUCCAGAUUUAAGGAGAGGAGGAUUAUACUCUACCACUUAAUGGAGGAGUGGUAAAUUUAGGAAAUGGAUGCAGGCACAUUUAUGAGUGGGAGGGGGAAGAAGAAAGAUGCAGUAGUUUACUUUCUAAUAUUAGUUGUACUUCAUUCGGUGUUGCUUGACCCUAUGUAUUCAUUCUACCUGAGAGCAGCCAACACAGACCAGAAGGUUCUUCACCCUACACGGAAAGAAAAUGUAUUUUUAACCUGAGACUGGAGCUCCCAGGAUAAAGAGUUUAUCCAAAUUGACUCCACCUACUCGAUUUUGAAGUUAAGUCCCUGAAGAUUCUUGGGCAUGGCUGCUGAAAAAGCUGCUUUACAUUUAAAAGUCUCAACAGAGAGUAUAAAAGCAAGUGUCAGCAGUCAUGUAUUAUAGGAGUUGGUUCUCAGUGUUUGACUCAGUGAUGCCCAGGGCCUUCUCCUGAGACAUUUCUAGGGUGGCUUUGGUGUCCAGAAACUUCAGUACAGCAAUGCUUUACAGACCAUGCUGAUUGCAGAUUAAUUUUGCGAAAACCUAUAAGAUAUUUCAGGUCUUUGAGUUAUUUGAGUAUUCAAUUUAAUUUUAGCCACAGAUGUUUAUAUAGGAUUUCUCUUAUUAUUUUAUUUGAUAUAUUUAAUUGUAAUGUGCCAUUAUUUCAAAUCACAUUUUGGAUAUGUUAAACCUAAACAUGUGGGAAAUAAAUGAAACUUUUAAAAGUAGA